UAAGAAAAAAAAUAAAAAUAAAAAUAUUUUUUCAAAAUCAGCUCGACGCUUUAACCAACCAACACCAACAGAAGCCUCAGCUCCUUCUUUCACCUUCUUUUCACUCUUCUUCAGCUCCCUAAUCGCAAUUCUAAGUCUCAGAUUUUUCCUUUUUAUUCCCCAAACUACCCUCGCAUUUCCGUUUAAAUGCCGAAUUCAAAAUCUUUUUCAAGAUAGGCCAAAACGACGCCGCCACCGCCGCCGCUUCCAAGAUUUGAAAAUGAUUGUUAGGACAUACGGGCGCCGGAAUAGGGGGAUCACGAGAACGUAUUCGGACACGAUAGACACCGACGACGACGUCGUUUUGGACGAUUCAUUUAGAGACUCUUUUUCUCUUUCCCAAGAUACCCCUCAAGAUUUGUAUAGUUUACCAUUCUCGUCCUCUCAAGAUUCGUCUCCGCUUUGGUCUUCCCAAGAACCCGACUACAACAAUAAUUCCGUUCAAAUUUUGCCUUCGACUAGACCUCUUUUUACCAAUUCUGACGAGGGCGUUGUCGGUAGGAGGUCAAAGAAGCAGAGGAAGGGGAGCUCUGGGCCGUUGAUUCCGGCAACUUCGACGCUGAUGGAGGCGCAGGAGUUUGGAGAGAUGAUGGAGCACGUUGAUGAAGUGAACUUCGCUAUUGAUGGGUUAAAGAAAGGGUCUCAGGUGAGAAUCAGGAGGGCUAGUUUGUUGUCUUUGUUGUCGAUUUGUGGCACCGUCCAACAAAGGAGGCUUCUAAGAACUCAGGGGUUGGCAAGGACAAUAAUUGAGGCUAUUUUGGGUCUCAGCUCUGAUGACUCACUCAGCAAUUUAGCUGCUGCCACACUUCUUUACGUUUUGACUAGUGAUGGUCAAGAUGAUCACCUCUUGGAGUCACACAGCUGCAUUCAUUUUCUAAUUAAAUUGUUGAAGCCAGUCAUUUCUACUGCUGCUGAAGACAAAGCGCGAAAAAUAGGUUCUAAGCUUUUGGCAUUACGUAAGGAUGCUGACAUCAUACAAGAUGCGACUAAAACCUUAGAUUCUAGUUCUUCUGCCAUUCUUUCCAAAGUUCAAAAAAUCCUUGUCAGUUGCAAGGAAAUGAAGUCAAGCUGUGGAGAUGAUGAUGGAAUAGGGAGGCCAGAGUUAAGUGCGAAAUGGGUGGCUUUGUUAACAAUAGAGAAGGCUUGCUUAUCUAAGAUCUCCUUUGAAGAUGCCACAGGUGCAGUGAGGAAGACUGGGGGCAACUUUAAAGAAAAGCUGAGAGAAUUGGGAGGACUUGAUGCAGUCUUUGAGGUCAUCUUGAAUUGUUAUUCUGUUAUGGAGGGUUGGAUAUUACAUAGUUCACCUUCUAUUCAGACUGCAAAGCAUAAUCUGGACCUGCAGAGCCUUGUGUUUCUUUUAAAAUGUUUGAAGAUCAUGGAAAAUGCUACUUUCCUAAGUAAAGAUAAUCAGAGUCAUUUGCUUGGAAUGAAAGGGAACUUAAUUUCUAGUGGGCCCCGACAAUCGUUUACGGAAAUUGUUAUAAGUGUCAUCAAGACUCUUUCAGAUCUUUAUCUACGUAGAAGUUCAUCCACCUCUGCUGAUGAUAAGUCAUAUAAUUUGUCUGAUGGGAAUGGGACUGGUCACACAUCAGAAUUGGCUCUAAUUACUGACUGUAAAGAGAACAGCAACGAGGUUAUAUUCAUCAGUUCUUCUAAAAGCUUCUCUAGUACUGAGUUGAUUUCUUCUGAAAAGAGCUUUUGUGUAUCUCAGAACAGUCGGUGGUUAUCCACUGAUCGUUUGGGUCAUUCUGAAUCCAAUUCUGAGACCACCACUACAUUGAUGAAUGACAGUUGCAUUCUGAAGAUGAGAUCCCGUUCUUCCUUGUCCACCUCAUGUAGUGGGACACCACGGAGUUCUGAUAGUGGACCUUUAAGUGGUAAUGGCCCAAGGACAAAAUUUGAUCCUGCAGAGAGACCUAAUAGUAGAAAAGAUGACAAGUGUGGACCUUUUGAGGAUAGUGAAGAUCCUUUUGCAUUUGAUGCUGAUGAUUUUGAGCCCUCAAAGUGGGACUUACUAUCCGGGAAACAUAAAAAACCUCAAACUAAAAAGAGUGGGGUAAUUUGCAGAGAUCUUGAAGAUGAGUGUCAAUAUGAAAUGAUGAUGAGCCAACCAGAAUCAAGAAAUGGGGAAAAGCACCAACUUCGAUCAGGUAAUGGGCUGAAUCACCAGCCAUUAAGUAAUGGGGGAAAUCUCUUUUCACAAGAAAGCUCAUGUUCACUUGUCGAUGAUAAAGAGAAUUCUGAUCUUUUAGCUGAUUGCCUUCUUACAGCUGUCAAGGUUCUCAUGAAUUUAACAAAUGACAACCCUGUUGGCUGCCAACAAAUUGCCUCAUGUGGAGGUCUGGAGACAAUGUCUUUGUUGAUUGCCAGCCACUUCCCCUCAUUCAGCAAAUCUCUGUCUCAUUGCAGGGAUAGUUCUGAGUUUGACCACCAGGAUGAUAGACCUAUGACUGAUCAAGAGUUGGAUUUCCUUGUUGCUAUAUUGGGUCUGCUGGUGAACUUGGUAGAGAAGGAUGGACUUAACAGGUCGCGGCUUGCGGCAGCCAGAGUUCCAUUACCUAAUUCAAAAGGGUUAGAAGCAGAGAGUCAUGGGGAUGUAAUUCCGCUGCUGUGUUCAAUCUUUCUUGCUAACCAUGGGGCAGGUGAUGUAGUUGGAGAAGGAAAUGCAGGUGAUGAAGCUGGGGAAGGAAAUGCACGUGAAGAAGCUGGGGAUGGAAAUGCAGGUGAUGAAGCUGGGGACGGAGAUGCUGUGCCUUGGGACGCUGAGGAAGCGGUUCUACAAGGAGAGAAAGAAGCAGAGAAGAUGAUUCUGGAAGCUUAUGCAGCACUGCUACUGGCGUUUCUUUCAACUGAAAGUGCGGAUAUACGUGGUGCAAUUGCUGAAUGUCUUCCAAACCGCAAUCUGGCAAUUUUGGUACCUGUGCUGGAAAGAUUUGUGGCAUUUCAUCUAACAUUAAACAUGAUCUCAGAGGAGACUCAUAUUGCUGUGAGUGAAGUAAUCGAAUCAUUAAGAGUGGCAUGAGAACUCGAGAAAUGGAUAUUCUGUACAGCCUCGGCCCUUCUGUUAGAUAGCUGUUUGCUUUUGCAGACUAUAGUGCUCAUGGCGACGGGAUUGCUCCAGCAUCACAAACGUAAUAUUCUGACUACCGGCCUGCUAUUAUAGUCUGAUCGACCCCUUUUGUUUGGUUUUCCCCCUUUUUUCUUUUUUAUACUUUUUGUCUUUUACACUAUUCUUUGUAGCUGUUUUGUCAUCGUCUUGAUGUAGGCUGGGACGCAUGUAUACAAAAAUGUGAUAGCAGAAUGAAAUUUGUUUUUGUCUGUGCAUUGUCUAUA